AUGUUAAAGUUGUUAAACCACCCAGGGUUAACUCAUUACAGAAUAUUGAUUAUGGAUACGUCUUCUAGUGCGGAGUUAGAUGGAGGAGGAAUAGCAACUCCUUCUAUGUCCUCCGCACAUGGAUACGCUUUCGUCCCUUCCCUCCAUCUGAUGACGGAAGUAGAGGCUCCUAGAUCUGGUACCUCAAUCAGUGUCUACUCUAACCCCAUAAUCGGCACAUCACCGGCUGUUAUGGGGUAUUCAUUCGUGCCUCCAUUUCAUCUAAUACAGGAAGUGGAUUCUAAACCAAACACGUCUGGGAAAUCUUCAACACCAAAGGCAAGCUCGGGAAUGUUGAUGGAGAAAACGUUCUACAAAAAUAUUUCAAACACGUUACCCAUAAAAAUUAAGCAAAUUUCGUACAACUCAGAUGAAUUGGAAACUCCAAGAAACGGUAGUUUGUCUCAAAUGUAUCGGAAAACUCACCGAAUGCAUCAAGAGUUUGAAAAUUGGAAUAGAGACAUUGCAAAACAAGUUGAUCAUUGGAUGAAAGACAAACCCGUACAAAGUGGAUUUUAUAGUUCGUUGUCAACCCAAAGAGUUCCACGUUUUAGCAAUUCGAAUAUUGUGAAAAGAAAGAAAUUACAGAAAAAACGGUUGAAAAUUAAAGAUUUAGAUGACAAAAAGACUUCAAGGGCUUCUACAGUGCGCGGUUCUGAUUCAGAUUUUUCAGUGGAUAGUGAAACGUUUCGUAGCAGACGAUCAAACAAUGGUCGUCCACCUUUAUCCAAAUCAUUUCCCUCCAGCAAAGACGCCCCAGAUGACGAGACUUCUGUCUUUGGGAGUAUACACAAUGAAAUUGAAUUUAAAAAAAGGUACCGCCGAAUGUUUGAUCUUAACAAGCACCUUCAGUUUGUGAACUCUACAAAUGGACUCAUGGGAAAAAAGAUUUUUAAAAAGACGCAUCAUCUUCCACCCAUGAACAGACAAUUACAAGAGGCAAGGAAACCACAAAAACUUGAGUGUUCUGAAUUAUUUGCAAUUACUACCGUGCAACAAUCAAACGAUCCAAGUGAGAUAACAACACCAUCAACUCAGAAAGUAUUCACAAGUACCGAGACCUCUGAACUCUCUGAUAACAGUGGUUUCGGACAAUCACAGCCAAGUUCAAGGGAAAUAAACACGAUAUCAGGGAAAAAAGCAGUAGAAGCUGAAAAACAUAGCAACUUUUUACGGCAAACAAACAAGCCAUCCAAACCAGAAGUCUUUAAAUUCGGAAAAUUACCAAAGAUUUCUAAUAAUAAAGAGAUGAAUUCAGACAAGGACAGAUACUCAAGUAAAGACAGCAUGGACAGCAAAUCCAUAACUACCCGUCUGAACGACUCUUUGCAGAAGUGUGCUUCUUGGGUUUCUGAAACAGAUUCAGUGAACGGUGAAUACGCCGAAGUUCGAGAGAUGAAAGUGACAAUUAACAUAAAGUAUAAAUCUGCAGAGAAAGGAAAGAUGAUAACAAAUGAAUCAUCUGGAAUCAUAAAGGACACUGCAGUGAAUUUAACACCUUUCGAUAAGACUAAAAAUAUGACUGAAAUUACAGAACAUGAACAUUUUCCAGGAAUGUUAAGUGAAUAGUGAUACUUUUUCACAAAACAUUAAUUUC